AUGAGGAAUAGUUUUGAUUUUAGUACUUGUAUGGAUGCUUGUGAGAUGUCAGAUUUGGGUUUUUUGGGUCCUAAGUUCACUUGGUGUAACAAUAGAAAACCAAGGAAGAGAAUAUGGAAAAAACUUGAUAGGAUCUUCAUCAAUGAUAAUUGGGCUCAAAUUUUCUGCAAUUGUCAAGUGAAACACCUAGUGAGGACAGGAUCUGACCACAGACCUCUCCUCAUUAAAUGCCACAACGAUCAGCAGGAGGUGCUUGAGCAGUCUUGGAAUACAAAUGUGAUUGGCAACCCAAUGUGGAGGCUCCAAUCUAAGCUCAAAAUUCUCAGUAAAAACCUCAGUACUUGGUCCCGGGAGGUUGUGGGGAAUGUUUUUUAUCAUGUCAAAAUUUGGGAAGAUAAGAUGCUUAUUUUGGAAGAACAAGAUAUAAACAAGAAUAGUGAAUUUACCAGAGAGGCACUUAACAAAGGUCAAGCUGAGUAUGUCAAAUGGAUGAAUAUGCAGGACACCUUGUUGAAACUGAAAUCUCAAGUAGACUGGUUUGAAGAAGGAGACUGCAACACUAAAUACUUCCACAGUGUUAUUAGAGACAGGAGAAGGAAGCUGCACUUACACAGAAUCAAAAACCACAAUGAUACUUGUAUUCAGGAGAUGAGAGAAUAG